UUCUGGGGGAGCGUCCGGGGGCCUAUCACUACCUUUCUUGCAGCCACACUCGUUCCCUACCUAUCCUCCGCCUCCUUGUGGCGCCAUGCCCCGAGAAAACAGCGACUCCGAUGGUCGGUCGCUGACGCCUGACAUGCAGGACGGCUUCGCUUCUUCGCCCACACACGACCACCCGCAUCCCCCGCGCCCCUCGUUCCACUCGCAACGCCAACACAAAGCGCACGAAGACCACCCUCCCCCGCUCGACCUCCGCAGCACGCACAUCCCUCCGCUCGAUCGAUUCCGCCAGGCCGCGCGCAAGGUCAUCGCUCUGCACCGCGGGGUGGUCGACACCGUGCAGCAGCGCGGCGUCGGCAUCGAGCCGGGCGUCGACCCCCGCUCCCCCGCCGCGGACGUCGAGUUCGAGCACCUGCGCGAGCGCUGUGUGAUCGAGAUCGCGGACUACUCCGCUGUGCGCAGCAGCUUCGGGCGGAUGACGAACGCGGAGUUCGUCGAGCUCAUGAACGACCCCGUCGCCAGCGAGCGCGAGCGGUGGGUCAAGGUGCGGUGGAUCUCGAUUGGCGGUGUGAGCUGGGAUGUCAUCAAGGCCGUAGCUAUAAGAUACAACCUGAACCCCAUGGCGCUGGAAGAGAUCGUGAGAUCGACCUCGACCUCGACGGCCCGGUCGAAAGUGGACUACUUCUCCGAGCACCUGUUCCUGCGCAUACUUUGCCACGAGCUGGGCAACGGCAAUCCACUGAACGAGCUGCUCAACCAUCCGACUGAUACCACACUGGUCGAUGGGAGCGUACCUGCGAAAGGCGACGGGCGUCCGACAUUAGGGGAGCGGCGCGUGACUGGGGAGCACAGACGGUUCAACGAAGCCGCGCUCAACAUGCUGAAGAGCAGUGAGCGUGUCGAUGUGCAUGUGCUUCCGAUGUAUAUCUUCCUCUUGCGAGAUGGCACUGUUAUCUCAUUACAUUCAGCGCCAAAUUUGGAUCUCACUCAAUCCAUAACGACGCGACUACGACAGUUCAACUCCAUGCUUCGGAUGUCAGCCGAUGCACCCCUGCUUGUGCAGAGUAUUCUCAACAUCAUUGUACACAAGGCCCUGGAGGUCGUGCAAGCAUACGAAGAGAAGAUCCAACUGGCCGAGCACAUGAUCCUCAGCCGACCGACCAUGGAGAGUGUCCGAAACAUGCAUGUCCUGAGCGCGGAUCUGCUGCUCCACCGACGGACACUGGCGCCCAUACAGGCGGUAGUCGGCACGCUGCGAAAGUACGACGUCGAUCGGGCCGCUGCGCUCGUGGACACGUCCCAGCACCCCGAUGAGGAGAUCAAGGUGGAAGGCUACAUGAGUCAGAAGGCCUUGACAUAUCUAGCAGACGUGAGCGACCACAUCGACCAUGUGAUCACGCAACUGGAAGACAUUGCUGGACGCGGGCAGAAUCUCGUGGAUUACACGUUCAGCAUGACGUCGUAUGACAUGAACCAGGUUAUGCGACAAUUGAUGAUCGUCUCGAUCGUGUUCAUGCCGUUCACGUUCCUCUGCGGCUACUUUGGCAUGAACUUUGAGCACUUCUUCCCUCAUGAAAGGCCUGACAAGUACUACUGGAUCAUCUCACUCCCCAUCGCAACGGCCGUCAUCUCCCUCUUCUUGUGGCCGGACAUCAAGGGUGCCAUCCAUUAUAUGCGCAAGCGCGCGCUCGUCAAUAACUCGCUAAGCGAUCAGCGCAAGCUCAAGACUGAUUGAGCGCGUGCAUGGCCAUGCGCAUGUCUUUAGGAGGGUGUACUACUUAUACUGUUGACAUUCAUUUAUGGGUCUGGGUCCUGGGAUCGUGGGACAGAGGGCAAGGUGCAGCCACGUUUUGUCCUCGCGGCACCCGUCCGUAUCUCCUCCCGUACUCCAAGAGAUAGAUGGGAUCGGCGAGAGAAGUUUCGCGGCCAAAAUCAGUGGCGGCUGUGGGCGGUUGAGUGCUAGUUUCAGCUGUGCGUGCCCUUCCCGACGCCCGACGCGUUCUUUCCUGCUCGAUCUCGUCUUCGCCCUUGCGUCCCGAUAACGCUAGAUGUGUGAGCAGGCCCUGUAUGGGCUGAGGCGCGCAAUCGAGGAUCUCAACCUCAUUGCACACCAAAAUGCCAGCUGUCAGCCGUUUCAGUUUCGGUUUCGGUGCAGUGCGGCCCGGCUUGAUGUGCACCAUAUUUCAUGUCAAGAGCUGCAGCGGAGAUCUACUGAUUCUACUCCUAGGCUCGCUGCGAAGCGCAGGAUGGAAGAAUGCUGACGCUAACGAGGCCACUUGGGACCGCUGUUGCAUACCGCCGGAUGCCAUUUACGGUGGUGGGAGGUCUCGGCAAGUCCGCUUAGCUUUAUGGGCGGGUCCUCCAUCCUUGAGACGGGUGUGCUUUCACCAGCGAUGUUCCUUGGCUCCUAUCAGAUGGGAGAAAUAGAGAGCAUGGUCGACAAGCGAACGGAGAUCGAUCUCACCGGAGGGGGAGCAGUAGGCAUAUUUAACCUGUUUAGAUGCAACAGUCAGCCAGCAGCACUUGCAUCGUGCCUCGAAUUGUGCCCAUGUCUCACGAGAUGUCCACCGAAGCUGCGGAUGUCCCCCCACUGACCACUUGGGCCGAGCUCGAAGCCCUUGGGUGGAACAAGGCGGCCGUUUACAACGCCGUCAGCGCUCUCCGUCCGGUACGAUGUCCAGCGAUGACCAAGUGCAUCUGAACGACAGCUUCGCCAGCACUGUGAAGCCUCCCAUCUCAUCGCACAACACGACUGUGGCUGUCAGAGCGACGCUGGACCCGGCUCGCACGGUCAUCAAACACUCAGGCCGGACGCCGGUCGUGAUGUUUGACUCGUCGGUGCCCGCCCAUGAGCAUUUCCCUGGGACAUGGGACAAAGUGCUUGACGCGUCCGUCGAGGUCAGCUUCCCCGCCCGAAUCACCGUCAGCAACCGGGUCGAGUUUCCCGACGUCGGGGGCGAGAUCACCUUGACUACCGUCGCGGAUGCACCGUAUCCGCUCAAGGCGCACCAACCGUACCCGCAACGCAAGGAUUUUGUCAUCGAGUGCGUCCGGCCUGUUCCCGCGGAGGGGGUGCGAGCAUCGGCGCAGCCGGACUGACUGGGCUGCAGUAUCGCUGCCAACGAGCGCGUGACCAUCGUUGGGACGCUAAAGGUCAUGGAGACCACCGAGAUUUACACGCUUGUGCGUGCUUUGCUGGUUGCGGUGGCUUAUUGACCGACGGUCAGCUUGGAAGUGAGUGGUUCACCUGAUGCUGAGACGAAGCCCGUGAUGACGCGCAUAUAGCCGAGGGGGAGGAGUGAGCCGUCCCCGCACUGCCUUGUGCACCCGGCUGAUCAGCUGAGCAGGUUCCAGGGAGUCAAGAACAUGGUUAGAGAUGCGUUGCUUGUCUGCGCCAUGGAUACGCUGAUACCUGCCCACGCAGCCCUUCUUCAUCAACGAAGUGCUUUUGGACAGCCUCGGACAGCCCCCCAGUGGGAUCAUGGAGCUGACGCUCAAGUACAGGACCGCAAGCGUCCGGGUAAACUUCAUUCGCGAGACAAACGUCGUUGUUGGGGACUGGGACGAGUGCACUGGAAACGGGCAGGUCAUUGAACUUAGCGGGGACGAGAUCCUGCCGGAGGUUCAGACGCGUUCGGCCUCCUCGUUCAUUGACAUGUAUUCGGAGGUAUUUUACGCCAUCCAGCAUGGAAAUGAGUUUCUCUGUUUCCCAUACAUGUGUCUUUUUUGAGAAAGUUCUAAAUGAUCGACCUUGAUUGAACGAAUGAAAAUCCAGAUGCAUCAUGCUUUUAGAUCAGUUGAGAAGAACAAGGUUUAUCAGACAGCUGUUGGGAGGUGCUCUGCGCAGUCUGCAACUGGAAAGAGGUCUCCUGAUGGAAAUAAUCGCAGUAUAAAACAAUCCAUAUACUAGUUGGUCCAUUUCUUGCUUCAAGUCUCGUCUGUUCAAUGGGAUCCACAAGUCGACGCGGACUCAGCAUCACACGUGAUCGUGUACCACGCGCUGGCGUUGGCAGAUGGCCAUCAGCUUCCUAUCAUGAUCAUCACCAUGCAUCUAUGCCACCCAUCAUGACACGCUCCCGCCCACACAACCUUGUUCAUCCCCCUCUUGCCAAGUAGCAAGCUCGCUCAGCACUGCGCCGAUGGUCGUAUACGGGAGCACCAGCACCAACCCCUCUCCUGGAAUCCUGCGCCGCAAGAUCCAGAGCCUCGUCGGGUUCUCGACCCUCCCGAAUCAAGUGCGGCAGAAAAGCCUCAGGGACGGGUUCCAGCUGACUGUCAUGGUCGUGGGGCAUUCGGGAUCGGGCAAGACGACGCUCGUGAACACGCUCUUCGAUUCCGCGAUCUGCGCCCCCCGGGAGGUGCCGCAUCCGUCCGUCGACCGACCCAAGACCGUCGCGAUCGAGACCACCGAAGCGGAUAUCGAGGAGGAUGGGAUCCGUCUGCGGCUGGCGGUGGUGGACACGCCCGGGUUCGGGGACUUUGUGAACAACAGUGGGAGCUGGGAUCCCAUUCUGGACUCGAUCGAGCAGCGCUACGAUGCGUACCUGACGCAGGAAACGAGGGUACGGCGGACCAGGAUCGUGGACACGCGGGUGCAUGCGUGCAUUUAUUUUAUCGAGCCGACGGGGCAUUCCUUGAAGCAAAUCGACAUCGAGUUCAUGCGCCGGCUGCAUCACCGUGUCAACCUCAUCCCGGUUAUCGCCAAGGCGGAUACCAUGACCGAGGUCGAGGUCGAGGAAUUCAAGGAACGGAUCAUCUCCGACCUGUCGUUCCACGACAUCGAUUUCUUCCGGCCGGUGAUGUACGACGACGACACGGACGAGGUGAUCGGCGAGGCGGAGGAGAUCGCGCGCGCGAUCCCAUUUGCGCUGGUGGGCAGCGAGACGCCCGUGCGGACGCCCGACGGGCGGGUCGUGCGCGGGCGUGCGUACCCCUGGGGCGUCGUCGAGGUGGAUAACCCCGCGCACUGCGACUUUGCGAAGCUGCGCCACAUGCUGAUCCGGACGAACCUGGAGGAGCUGCGCGAGCGGACGGCGGAUGUGCUAUACGAGGCGUGGCGCACGGAGAGGCUUACGGCGCUUGGUGUCGUGCAGGAUCCGUCGGUGUUCCAGGAAGUCAGCCCUGCGGAGCGCAUGGCGGAAGCGCGGCUGAUGCAUGAUGCUAAGCUCGCCAAGAUGGAGAGUGCGAUGAAGGAGGUGUUCCGGGAGAAAGUGGAGCUGCAGGAGCAGAAGCUGAAGCAGUCCGAGGUCGAGUUGUACGCCAGGCACAAGGAGAUGAAGGAUGCGCUGAACAAGCAAUGGGCCGCCCUCACGGAGAAAAAGAAGCAGAUCGAGAACGGUACAUAUGACCCAAAGAAGAAGGGUGGGCGUGGGUGAAGCAUGUUUGUAUGUAUCCACUUAGCUUAUCUAUGGCCGGCGCGGAGGAUGUGUGUAUAUCCAUCUAUUUUUGUAAUGCUUGUAUACCCUGUUUUCUUGGGCUGCAUUCUGCCGUUAUCGGAAUAACCACUUGUUGUCAAUGCGCGAUGCCUUCCGUCAAGGAUACAAGUACAGUAUUAUUGGCUACAACAACAGUAGGCUAUCUCUCCUACAUUUACACAGUGUAUUACAUUAGUGGUACAUGAAACCAGCUCAACUUAGAAAGAAACGCGACUCAUCCACUGCCUGCGCAUCGAGUGCGAGCGCCUCGCCUGGAGGUUCUUCUUCCACAACGGCUGCAGCACGAGCUCCGGCUGGGCUACUGCGGACAUGUUCAGGAUCGGGAGCGGGCCGCUGGGUGCCGGAGUCGGGAGAAACGCAUACGAAUCCUGGAAGAUGUCGUCUUGCUGGCCGUCCCGGAAGCCAUAGAGAUCGGUG